AGUGACUGUUAUACACAACAAAAAAAAAAGGAAAAGAAAACAUCAAAAGAUCAAUUCUUCUCAUGGCUCCCCUUAAACGGACUUGCUCGGAUAUAUCACACCAAAUAUCCAUAGACAACACUCUAACCAAAGAACCAACGCCAACGCCAACUGCAACCACUACAACUUUGUUGUCCUUAUCGGCGAUAUCCGAAGUAGAAGAUGCAAAGUGUGAGUGUUGCGGCAUGUCUGAAGAGUGCACGCCGGAGUAUAUAAACGGUAUGCGUUCAAAAUUCUCAGGGAAGCUGAUUUGCGGGUUGUGCGCAGAAGCGGUGGAGCAAGAGAUGGAGAAGAUGAACAGCAGUGAAUUAGUGGUGGAGAAACGGCGAGAGGAGGCAGUACAUGCACACAUGAGCGCAUGUGCCCGGUUUAAUAGGCUAGGCCGAAGUUAUCCUGCGUUGUACCAGGCAGAAGCGGUUAAGGAAAUUCUGAAGAAGAGGUCUAACAAGAUGGUCAGAGCCACCAAGUCUGAAAAAGGUGGUCUCGCUAGGAGCUCUAGCUGCAUGCCUGCUUUGGCUAAGGAGCUAGAAGAUCGUACAUUUGUUAAUAACUAGUAUAUAAAUGUGUAUUUACGUUUUCUUUUAUGGUUGAGCAACUCUAUAAUCGUUUGGAUGAUAACAUAAGGCUAACUAAAUAACACUUCUG